GACAGACGGCUGAUGACGGCUGAUGGUGAGCUGCUCUCUCUGUGUGGACAGACGGCUGAUGGUGAGCUGCUCUCUCUGUGUGGACAGACGGCUGAUGGUGAGCUGCUCUCUCUGUGUGUGGACAGACGGCUGAUGACGGCUGAUGGUGAGCUGCUCUCUCUGUGUGGACAGACGGCUGAUGGUGAGCUGCUCUCUCUGUGUGUGGACAGACGGCUGAUGGUGAGCUGCUCUCUCUGUGUGGACAGACGGCUGAUGACGGCUGAUGGUGAGCUGCUCUCUCUGUGUGGACAGACGGCUGAUGGUGAGCUGCUCUCUCUGUGUGGACAGACGGCUGAUGGUGAGCUGCUCUCUCUGUGUGUGGACAGACGGCUGAUGACGGCUGAUGGUGAGCUGCUCUCUCUGUGUGGACAGACGGCUGAUGGUGAGCUGCUCUCUCUGUGUGUGGACAGACGGCUGAUGGUGAGCUGCUCUCUGUGUGUGGACAGACGGCUGAUGACGGCUGAUGGUGAGCUGCUCUCUCUGUGUGGACAGACGGCUGAUGGUGAGCUGCUCUCUCUGUGUGGACAGACGGCUGAUGCGUUAGAGACGGAGAGCACGAGUUCAGGAGAGGACGUCCUCGUCCCCGGCCCCCCCUCGCCCUCCCCGCCCCCACGCAUAUACAAACCCUGCUUCGUGUGUCAGGACAAAUCCUCCGGGUACCACUACGGAGUGAGCGCAUGCGAGGGCUGCAAGGGCUUCUUUCGGAGGAGCAUCCAGAAGAACAUGCUGUACACAUGUCACCGAGACAAGGUGUGUGUGAUCAACAAGGUGACGAGGAACCGCUGCCAGAGCUGCAGACUGACCAAGUGCCUGGAGGUCGGCAUGUCCAAGGAGUUGGUGCGUAAUGACAGGAUGAAGAAGAAGAAGGAGGACAAGCGCCCCCUGGAGGUUGAGGUCUACGUUUUGUCUGCAGAGACAGAGCAGAUGAUCGAGGGAGUGAGACGAGCUCAUCAGGGAACCUUCCCCUCUCUGGAGCAGCUGGGGAAAUACACCACGAACAACAGCUCAGAGCGACGUGUCUCUCUGGACGUUUCUCUGUGGGAUAAGUUCAGCGAGCUCUCCACUAAAUGCAUCAUAAAGACGGUGGAGUUUGCCAAGCAGCUGCCGGGCUUCACCACGCUCUCCAUCGCUGACCAGAUCACGCUGCUGAAGGCCGCCUGCCUGGACAUCCUGAUUCUGAGGAUCUGCACCCGCUACACCCCCGAUAAAGACACCAUGACGUUCUCCGACGGGCUGACUCUGAACCGGACUCAGAUGCAUAACGCCGGCUUCGGCCCGCUCACAGACCUCGUGUUCACCUUCGCCAACCAGCUGCUGCCGCUGGAGAUGGACGACGCGGAGACCGGGCUGCUGAGCGCCAUCUGCCUGCUCUGUGGAGACCGUCAGGACCUGGAGGAGUCGGACAAGGUGGAUGUUCUGCAGGAACCCAUGCUGGAGGCCCUGAAGAUGUAUGUGAGGAGGAGGAGGCCGGAUAAACCCUGCAUGUUCCCCAAAAUACUGAUGAAGAUCACCGACCUGAGGAGCAUCAGUGUGAAGGGAGCAGAGCGAGUGAUCUCUCUGAAGAUGGAGAUCCCCGGCUGCAUGCCCCCUCUCAUCCAGGAGAUGCUGGAGAACUCUGAGGGUCUGGAGGGAGCUGGGGGAGGGAAGGGAGGAGGAGAUAAGGGAGGGAAGGGAGGAAGUGGAGGAGGGAAGGGAGGAGGAGACGGUGGAGGAAGAGGAGGAACCAGAGAGGAAGAUAAACCAGAGCUCCGUCUUUCACCAAAACCAGAUUCCUCCUCCAGUCCGAGUCCUUCUCCUUGUUCCCUGUCCUCUCCUCCCCCCUCCAGCUGAAGGUCUUGACCCCUACCUGAAGGUCUUGACCCCCACCUGAAGGUCUACGCCCCCCAGAGGCAUCACACUGCCAUACACCCCUCCACAGCCCCGGCAGACUGAGAGCAGGAGGUGUGAGGCAGUGUGGGAGGAACAAAGAGCUGCCUCCUCCUUAUUAUUAUAGGAGCCAAUCAGAGCCCUGGGUUUAAUGGGAGGAGCCAGGAUUUGUUGAUUCAGGUUUCAACGGAAGACUUUAACCCCCCACCAGGAAGUGCGCCGGACGUUGAAGCUAAUUUCUGUAGUGGCCAAACGGAGGUACUACAACUACUGUGACGUCAUGUUGGCCCAAAGAUACUUUCCCCCAUUGACUUCCAUCGAAAAGUGAAGAGACGUCUGUAAAUCAGAGGAUCAUUUUUCUGUAAUAAACUCCCCAGCACGAGGCUUACUGCUUGGAGGCGGGGCUUAAUGUUGGGGGCGGGGCUUAAGGGAAACUCCAGUGCUCUAUGACUGUGAAUAGAUACAGAAGAUCCUCGACUGAACACUCAGUCCGUUUAUUUUCCAUUUCUGUCGCCCAUUCAACUGAAAGCCUCCGAUUCUCAAUCGUGGUUCUAGAGUCACUUUAGUGGGGGGGGCCGCGCUGGGACCAGUUCAUGAAUGAGAGGCACAUUUAGUGCUGGAGACAGAGACAGAGUUACAUUAUGAUGUCACAGCGUACAAAGACAUAAAACACCAUCAUCGAUUUUUGUGAAUAACAGAAUUUGUGUUAGAAUUGUAGUAAUUGACUUAUGAUGACUUACUUUACCCUUCAGUGAGCAGCGUGGGGAAAUCAAGACAUGCUUUCUGUUUCGUUGUUCAGGUGUGUGCUCAGUAACUGUUGAGACCUCAAUCCACACACCCUGCUUCCUGCCUUCAUACCCAGAGCUCUGAUUGGCUGAGGUUGAUGAAAGUCGUGUAAAUGAAGGAUUCUGAGGACGGUCUGAUGAAGAGGAGCAUUAUGGGAUGUAUAGUGUUCAGAGUCAAUAUCUGUAAUAUAUUGUAAAUAUAAAGAUCACUGUGAGAGGUUUUCAGACGGAGCGGACUCAAACAAGAAGUUAUUUUCCUAACUGUAAAUGUGUACAGACUGUAUCCCCCAAACACACCUGUACACCUCUAUAUACACACACACACACACACACACCUGUACACCUCUAUAUACACACACACACACA